AUGUCGCAGACUGAACCGCACCCAGCUUGUCCUUUUGAAUCUGAUUCAUCCAACUUCGGUCCUGCUGUCGGCGCUUUCCGUGCUUAUGUAUCACCAAUUAUCGCAGUCUCUGGUCUGAUCGGAAGUCUUCUCAUCAUUAUUGUCUUUGCCAACGAGAAGCCCCGAACCAGAUUCUCGAUUUUCGCCAUCAGUUUGGCAAUUGCGCACGGCAUGUCCCUCAUCCUAAACACUAUCAUGGACGACUUUUUAGGACGUGGAUUACAAUUCGCCACGGGCAAUCAGUUUACACUAAAGCUGGACGCUACUUCUACCCUGGCCUGCAAGCUGAUGGAGUACUUUCCGAAUGCUAUGUAUUUUGCCGCCUCCUAUUUGAUGGUCACCUUUUCUAUUGAUCGGGCUCUCACAAUCUACCGACCGCUGCGGUUUAAUUCCUUCUUCUAUCGCAAGUACGCUACCCUGGCCUGCCUCUUAGUCUUCCUUGUUGGGCUUCUGGGGAAUUUACCCUUCUUGCUGAUUCAAAAACUGCAGUUUGACUUCGAUAUCCCGACCAACUACACUUGCGUGAUGAAUCGGGACUAUCCAAAGAUGGCUAAAUUCGCGAUUGUAUUCAGUACUGCCGUCACAUUUUUUCUACCCAUCCUGGUAAUCUUUGCACUAAACAUCGUCAUAGUCGCCCGUCUUUGGCAGAUACAUCGGUGGCGGCGGCGUCAGCUACAGAUCAAAACUCGUGUUGUCUCCGAACUAGGCCGGGCCACAGGACACCUGGCAAUGAGCACGGCCUUCCUGCUGCUCUACGUUCCUGUAGGCUUUGUCGUACUGGUUCGGCUGCAUUUCACGGAAGUUCACGGCGAUGACACCAGUGCUGCGGCUCUUCGAAUUGUCGACUUGUCACGUCUCUUCUCCUCUCUCAAGGACCUGGCUUAUGCAGUCAACGUGGUAAUUUACGCGGUGUUUUUGAAGAACUUCCGAGUACGCCUACUGCGCCUUUUGUUCUGUCAACGAACUGAUGAAACCCUCAGCAAUCAGGCUUCUCGGACUGAAAAGUGUGUACGGAACGUCGCAAUGCCCGGUGUAUGCAGUUAG